UUCGCAGACACCAACAGAGUCGCGUACCGCACACUGCUCCAAGCCCCUCAACAGCAGCUGCAGCAUGUCUUCUCGCAAAACCCGUUUGGCCAGCGAGAAGCACCUCCAAAAUGUCACACGGCGCGGCUCGGUACCGAAGGGGAAGAUCGAGAACAAGAAGACUGGCUACGCGGUAGGACCGUGCCUGCUCUUCUUUUUCUUGUUCGUCGUGUUGGGGUCGAGCCUUUUCCAGGUCUUGAAGGCGGCGGGCGCAACCAAGUAGUCCAAGAGAUCCGGAGAUAGGAGCUCGCGGCCUGCCCGGGGAAGAGGCGGUAGAUAGCCUCCUCUCGUUGGACCGUACUGGUCUCGGUCCAUGCUUGUUCGCUGCCGGCGGACACACAGGCUACGGUCGGCCGGCCACCACGCCUCCGCCCCCAAACGGGAGGGGGGUUUACGGGCGGUGGGGGGGGACUCGGGUUGUGGAUGGGGGGGCUGGCUGGCUCAGGCUGCAGGCGGAUGAAAGCAGCGCGGUAGUGGGGGCGAGGAAACCACAGACGGAACCUUCAGGCGGACAGAGGGGGGGGGGGUGGGGGUCGGUUUGCACCGGGGAAUUCACGCCCGGGUAUUUGGACCAGUUCAUAUGUAUGCCCUCCCUCGCCGUCUAGGGUUGGUGUUGUAGAGGGGACUAUCGUGGUAUGCCGGUUAAAGGCGUCAAGCGUUAUUAUAUAAAGCUGAACCUUGAUGCAGCGGUCCCCGUCGCGACAAUAUGCGGCAGUUUCGUGUGUAGCUCUCCUGCGAUUGGUUGCGGUUGCAGGCUUGAAUGUGCCGGCUUCCAUAGGUCGCUGGCCAAGAUAAACCCGCAUGUUCGUCGCCAGGGUUUUGGCGAUUCACUGCUGUAUUGGAAUCGUUCUUCAUGCAUACUGUAAGCGGUGGCGUUCUCGUGCCGCACCGAAAGCGGGGGAAAAUAUCCUGCCUGGUUUCGGUGAAGACGCGCCUCCUUGAUGGGAUGUUUAGGGGGGGGGUGUACUCAAGUGCUGGUUGUCUCCGUCGCCAAGCCAUGGACUAAAAUAUCCUGUGAACAGAGUUGUUCAAGAUGCAUAUGUGGGGGAGGAAUUCGCUGUGCUCAGCCGACACCCUUCUCCCGUGAUUUGUUCGUAGCUCAAGCACGUGAAUAGUCUAGUCGGUCGUCCUUUUCCAGUCCGUGUAUCGUCUCUUUUUGCUUGCAAACAGCCGCCGCUCUAAACUGGGCA